AAUGGACAGAACAGAAACAUAGAACAAAAUAGAAGGCCUUGUUCUUGUUCUAGUUUUCCUCGUCGUUUUGUGUUCACAUUGGUUUCAGUGAGUAAAGUUGAGCUUAGAACUCCGAAGACUUUGAAAAUUCAUGCUUCUCUGGUCACCAAAACCUUGCAAACUGAAGGAGGCGGCGAAACUAGAAUCUUCUUCUUCUUCCGUUACCAAUCAAGCUCAUGGAAUCGUGGCUGUAACGGCACCUAUUUCAACUACCGCAUCCCUUUUGUUUUUUCCUUUCUCAAUCGCAGUUUCUGGGCAAAAGAAAGGUGGGAAAUCGAGGAAUUGGAACUUGGAGGUAGAAUUCAUUGAUGGGUCUCGUCUGGAAUCAACGAGGCUCGAGAAAUGAGACGAACACCAAAGAAGGUUUACCAAUUUCCACUGGUGCUGUGGUUCCCAAGAAGAGAUGGUCUAACCUGAUGCCUCUGUUUGUGGCCCUUGUGGUCAUUGCGGAGAUCGCGUUUCUGGGUAGGUUGGAUAUGGCGAAGAACGCAGCCAUGGUGGCUGACUUGUUCUACCGGUCCCGUGUGGCUGUGGCGGCGGUUGAAGGUGAUGAUAUGGGGUUGGAUAUGGUGGUUGGUGAUCCGAAUCUGGAAUCAGAGAGUUGUGAGAAAUGGUUGGAGAGGGAAGAUGCUGUCACAUAUUCAAGGGACUUUGCCAAGGAACCUAUUUUUGUUUCUGGAGGUGAUCAGGAGUGGAAAUCGUGUUCAGUCGGGUGUAAAUUUGGGUUUGGUGGGGACAAGAGACCUGAUGCAGCAUUUGGGUUACCUCAGCAUGGUGGGACAGCUAGUGUUCUGCGAUCAAUGGAAUCAGCACAAUACUAUUUCGAGAAUGAUAUUUCCGUGGCACGACGGAAGGGAUAUAACAUUGUAAUGACUACCAGUCUAUCAUCUGAUGUUCCGGUGGGAUAUUUUUCAUGGGCUGAGUAUGACCUCAUGGCUCCAGUAAUGCCAAAAACUGAAAAGGCUCUUGCAGCUGCAUUCAUUUCCAAUUGUGGUGCUCGAAAUUUCCGGUUGCAAGCUCUUGAAGCCCUUGAAAAACUAAAAAUCCCGAUCGACUCUUAUGGCGGUUGUCAUAGGAAUCGUGAUGGAAGAGUGGACAAAGUGGAAGCACUGAAGCGCUACAAGUUUAGCUUAGCAUUUGAAAAUUCUAAUGAGGAGGAUUAUGUAACUGAAAAAUUCUUCCAAUCGCUUGUUGCUGGAACUAUCCCUGUGGUUGUUGGUGCUCCAAAUAUUCUAGAUUUCGCCCCUUCUCCUGGUUCAGUUUUACACAUUAAAGAGUUGGAGGAUGCUGAGUCUGUUGCCAAGACCAUGAGAUACCUAGCAGAAAACCCUAAAGCAUAUAAUGAAUCGCUGAGGUGGAAGUAUGAGGGUCCAUCUGAUUCCUUCAAGGCCCUUGUGGAUAUGGCAGCUGUACAUUCAUCUUGCCGCCUUUGCAUUCACUUGGCCACAAUAAAUAGAGACAAGGAAGAAAAGAGCCCUAGUUUUAAGAAACGCCCUUGCAAAUGCACUCGAGGGUCAGAAACUGUAUAUCAUAUCUAUGUGAGAGAAAGGGGAAGAUUUGAGAUGGAGUCCAUUUACUUGAGGUCUAGCAAUUUAACCCUGGAGGCCUUGAAAUCUGCUGCUGCAUUGAAGUUCAAAUCCCUGAAUCAUGAACCUGUAUGGAAGCCAGAACGACCCGAAAAGCUAAGAUGGGGCAAUGAAUUAAAAGUUCACAAAAUAUACCCUGUUGGGUUGACACAGAGAGAAGCUCUUUUCACCUUCAACUUCAAUGGCGAUGCGGAUUUCAGGACUCACUUGGAAAGUAAUCCUUGUGCCAAGUUCGAAGUCAUUUUUGUCUAGUAUGUGCUAACUAACUGCUCUACACGAAUAUCUAGCAAUGUUACUCAAGCUGAGGGCUGAGGUUAUAGGAAUGAGCAUGGCAAUGGUAUUGGCAUGGCUUUAUAGUGCUCUCGUUGAGGAUUUUUACAUCUGAAAUAUAUUUGACUUCAUUUGAACUCGUUUUUGUGCGAGAUAUCAAGUGAAGAUCCGUAUUUAAUGUUUAGUUAUAGAGUUUUUAUUUGAGAAUCUAGAUAUACAAUGACAUGGAUGGAGAGCAAGACAGUUGUUAUAUACUUUUUUAUUUUAAACAACAGUUGUUAUAUA